AUGGUCCUCCAGAUACAUCUACAAACAGUGGACAGUCCCACUUUUGUCAAUUACUAUGCCUCUAACAAGAUUGCCAAUCGAAUGUCAACAAAGAGGACGAGAAGAAACCACCAGCAAAGUCUGCAAGCUAUUGGGUCCAUUAUUGAUCAACUUCAUGUGAGUCCCUCCAGGUGCGUUAGGUUUUCCGAAGAGACAGAGACUUUCGAGGUGGAAUACGCUUCAGUUGAUACCAGAGACACUUGGUAUAGUCGCGCUCAACUCUAUCUAGCCCAAACUGAUACGAAAAAUUGCUUGGCACGUCUUUGCCGGGGCGAAGCUGAAGAUGAUUUUGGCUUGGAACGAUGGGUCAGUAGAGGCGCAUUAAAGUUUCAAGAACAUCAAGAAGCAGCCAUGGGUGCUGUCAUUGGAGAUUCCUCGUCCUAUGCAGCGAGGCCUACACAAGGCAUUGCUUCUGCUUAUGCAGCAGACGUUUGUAUCUACUCCAAGAUGGUCGCCAACACUCGAGGUAUGAAAUUGGAACGACAAGUCCGCAAAUAUUAUUCCUUGGACAAGGUUUUGGAACGACCAAGUAUGAUCUCGCACCGUGGUGCCAGCUGCCCGAACCAUUUCAGCACCGAUUCGACGAACUACUCGAAGGGUCAAAUCAUGUCCCAUCGUCUCCUCCUCCGAUCUUCCUUUUCCAGCAUCGACAUGUCCAUGUAUAGAAGACGAUCUUCUAGAUGCCAGAUUGCCUUGGAAGAAAUUCACACGGCAUUGGUAUCUGUUCGAAGAACUGGGUUGCAUGGAAUGCCCAUUGCCACGUAUGACGAUGAAUAUUGA